AUGGGCGGCUCCAUCUACAGGUCCAGCAUGGACCUGAUAUUGGGCUACUGGCAAGUCGCCCUCCACAAGGAGGACAAGGAGAAGACAGCCUUCUCCAUGGGCAGCGGCCUCUACAAGUUCAACGUCAUGCCCUUUGGGUUGACCAACACGCUGGCCUUGUUCCAGCGGAACAUGGAGGCCCUACUCAGUGGCCUCACAUGGUUGUGCUGCCUCAUCUAUAUAGACAAUAUCAUCAUCUACUCACAGACCUUUGAGGAGCACCUGGUGCACCUGCAGUCCAUCUUCAACCACCUGUGGCAAGGGUGGAUGUACCUGAAGCUGAGCAAGUGUGUCUUCUUCUGCCAAGAGCUGCUAUUCCUCAGGCACCUCCUGAUGAAGGAGGGCUUGAAGCCAGACCCCACCAAGGUCACCACCAUUCAGGACACAUGGCCACCAUGGUUGGUCCAGGAAGUGCACUGCUUCCUUGGACUGGCCAACUACUAUCAGUGGUUCAUCAAGGGAUUCACUGAGAUCGCCAAACCACUACAUUGGCUCAUGGGCAAGCAUGUAGCAUUCCAGUGGGAGCAAGCACACCAGGAGGCCUUCAAGACGCUGAAGCAGCGCCUCACCAACGCGCCCAUCAUCAUCCAACCAAGGCAGGAUCAGCCCUACACACUACACAUGGAUGCCUCAGCGCACACCAUCAGUGCAGUGCUCACCCAGCCAGACGACAAGGGACACAAGUGCAUCAUCGCAUAUGGAAGCCAGACGCUGAAGGACGCCAAACACCACUACUCACCAACGCACCAUGAGUGUCUGGCAGUGUUCAAGUGGGUAAAGGCAUAUCAGCACUACCUCCACAGCCACCACUUCACGGUGGUCACUCAUGUGGAUUAG